GGAGUACAAGGGGUUCAGAGAGGAAAUUCCAGAGCUGGGGAGUGAGACAGCUCAUGGCACAGCCGCCAGAUCUGGGGGGUAAUUUUAUACAACUCUAUGACUCUAAGUCGUGAAGAAGCAACAAGCUGGAAUUGGAGCAUCAUGGAGAUCCUGUAGGGAGGGUCAACAAGACGAGAAGUAAAUAACCCAGGAGCCCUGCUUAAUGCUCUGGUGACACGGGUUCGAAUCUUAUGACAGCUGUUAGAACUUAAAUACAAUUCAUGAAACCUGGGCUAUUGAGCUAAUCUCGCGAUAGUCAACAUGACAACACAAAGGAGGUCAUUGAGUUUGAAGCCGCCAUUAUUUGGAAAGGGCAGGGUUGUGGGAAUUCAGCGUUGACAGUCAGGAGGCUCUCGGCGUUCCAGUGCCACUCCUCAGCCCGUGAACCAGACUUGAGUUCCUGUUGCAGUUGCUGCAGAAGUGCUACAUUCUCUCAAUCCUAGCCCAAGACCCUUCCAACUAAGGCCUAUCAGCCUCACAUUCAGACAGAUGUGAAACAUCCCUGACCGAAAUGAGUUGGGAGCAGAAGUAGGCCCCUCAGGCCCAGUCUGCCAUUCAGCAAGAGUAUGGCAUGACACAGUUAGCCCACAUUCCACACCCCACCCCCAACAGUAACCUUUCCCACCAACCCCCCACCCCACCUGAACUUUAUCAAGUCAUACAAUAUGGAAAUUGACCCUUCGGUCCAACCAGUCCAUGCUGCCCAUAAUCCCAAACUAAGCUAGUCCCACCUGACUGCUACUGGCUCAUAUCCCUCCAAACCUUUCCUAUUUAUAUACUUAUCCAAAUGUCUUCCACCUCUUCCUCCGGAAGUUCAUUCUGUACAUGAACCUCUCUCUGUCUUUUUAAAUCUCUCUCCUCUCACCUUAAAAAUAUGCCCCUGGUUUUGAACUCCCCUACCUUGGGGAAAAGACCCUUGUCUUACCUUAUCUAUGCCCCCAAAGAUUUUAUAAACCUCUACAAGGUCACCCCUCAACAUUCUACGCCCAAGUAAAAAAUACCCCAGUCCAUCCAGCCUCUCCUAAAAUCUCAAACCAUCCCAUUCCAGGCAACAUCCUGGUAAAUCUCUUCUGAACCCUCUCCAGCUUAAUAAUAUCCUUCAUUUAACAGGGCUUUCUAAUGAUUCAAAAACACUUCUCCAGCUGCAUUUUGAGAAAGACAGUUUUGAGGUUUCAUGACCCUCUGACAGAAAAACAAUUCCUUACCUCUGUGGUAAAUGGGCAACACUUGAAUUUUUGUUUGAGCAGAGAUCACUAGCUCCAGAAUCUCUGUUCAGAGGAAAUAUUCUCGCCAUCUUCAGCCAGUCAAGACCCUUCAGGACAUUAGAGCUAGGAAGAACUGCUGGUGCUGGAGUCUGAGAUAACGCAGUGUGGAACUGAAGGAACACAGCAGGCCAGGCAGCAUCAGAGGAGCAGAAAAGCUGAUGUUUCAGGUCGGGACCCUUCGGGACAUUAGAUUUCUUUUCAACCAAUCAUCGAUGGUCGUAGAAAUCACAUCUGGUUCACUGAUGUCCUUUAGGGAAAGAAAUCUGACAGCCUUACCCUGUUUGGGCCUAUUCGUGACCCAUAGCCCCAACUGAAAACUUCCAGUUAAACUACUCAGUUCAGGCACAGGGCAGGAAGCGGGCAAAUGGUCAAGAAAGCCUAGCUUUGAUAGGGAUACCCAAUUCCCAUGAAAAAGUACAAAGAACAAGCCCUCAGUGUUUUGGAGACAGUGUAGAGAUAGGGUGGAUGCAUAAUUCAAUCCAAGGUUCUCACCAGGCAGGAGACACUAUCUCUACGAGCUCCUUUAAUCCUCGAAACAGUCCGUGUUCUUCCAACUCUGGAGUCUUGCACAUCUCCAAUUCCUGUGGACUGCGACGUGCAGCCUCUCCUUCAGCAGUUUGGGUUCUAAGCUCGGAAUGUCUCUCCACCUCUCUCCGGGGCAAGCCUUUUCACUUUGUACAAGCCUGUCUCAACUCUCAUAUGCAGCCUAUGCAACAGCCCGAGUUAUUAUACUCCUGACGGCCGGGUUGUGAAGAUCGAAGCUGGAGUUAGCAUUCACUCGGAAUGAAUUUAUUCACAGAGUGAAACAGUACAAGGCAUAUACCUCCGAAUUCCACUCUCCUGCAUUUUAAUUCAUGCUUAGGUAACCAUUCAAUUAGCUCCCUCCAUCUGUAUGUGACCUCAAUUGAUGCCAUUAGCCAAGUGAUCUCGGUCGCGAGAGGACGUCUGCAGUCUUAAAGUUUAGCUAAUGAGCCUGUACUUUCAGGAAGAGAAAGAUGGUUACAGAUGUUGAAAUUCAUAUUUUAAUGGCACAAACAGAUGUCACAUCUUCCUUUGUUCCCACUCCCUAAAACUAUUCAAAUGGCUAAUGUUAGCAGCUAAACAGCAGAUGGGAACAGCUGUAAUCAAUGAUGAUAUGAGUUUGACGAUAAGUUGCCAACUCCUCCAAGAAUGCCUGGGAACUAAUGAUUAAUCAACACCUGUGAACGAACCAGAGGGACUAAUUCGUAGUGCAUUGAAAAUUGUACAUUCGCUUUCUUUUAAAGUAUAACAACCGAAAUAACUGGGAUGCUGGAAAUCAGAAGCAAGGCAGUUUUUAUUCACUGUUUAACUCUCUGGCAAAUCUCUUCCAGGCAUACCCACAUUGAGGGGGUUCUACUCCUCUCUCUGACUGGAUUUCUACUCCAAUUUUCUCUUGUCUCUAUCUCCACCUCUCCUUAUGCCCUCCCUCUACACUCUCUUCUGCAUAUAAACCAGGCUUCUUCCCUAGCUACCCAUCAGUUCUGAGGAAGGGUCACGAGACUCAAAAUGUUAACUCUGGUUUUUCUCCCCAGAUGUGGCUAGACCUGCUGAGUUUUUCCAGCAAUUUCUUUUAAAGUAUGCCCUCUGGUUUGAUUGCCAGUUAUUUAACAACUAGUGGAGAAAGAAAUAAAGACUGGUUCCCCAAGAUGUGGCAUUUACUGCUCUGUGCUGAGUCAGCUGAUCUCAGCUGGGGGGAAGUCAUCAAGUUUUAGGCGCAAUUAUUUGGAAAGGUUGGGGUGCAUGGGGAGGUCAGUCAGAAGUUCCAGACCCUCUCCGAAGCUCAUGAUCUAGGCUUAAGUUGCUGUGACAUUGCUGCUAGCUCCCAGUUCUACCAAUGAACCUUUAAGCUGAGGCCCGACGGCCGCACACUCAGAUGAAUGCAAAAGAUCCCAGGCCGAUGUCUUAAUGAAAAGCAGGUAAUUAAACCGCAAGUUCUGGGCUGACAUUCCCCAACAGCCGGUACCACCAGAAAAGAAAUCAUCAUUGCAUUGCUGUUGGUGGAAUCUUGCUCUGCAGAAAUUGGCAUGACAACGGCAGUCUGUUGGCUCUUAAAAGUGUUACUGGUUCACGUAGGCACAGCAGGCAUUGAACGCUGUUAUGUCAACCUUCAUAGCAAGAGGAUUCGAGUACAGGAGCAGGGACGUCUAGCUGUAACUGUACAGGGACCUAGGUGAGAUCACACCAGGAGCAUUGUGCGUGGUUUCGGUCUCAUCAUCUAAGGAAGAUGCACUGGCGAUGGAGGGAGUGCAACAUAGGGUUUCCCAGACUGACUCCUGGGAUGGCAGGACUGACAAUGAAGAGAGACUGGAUAGGUUAUAGGGCAAUACUCACUGGAGGUCAGAAGAAUGAGGGAGGGCCUCAUAGAAACCUGUAAAAUUCCAACCAGGGUGGACAGGGGAAACAGAGGGAGGACGUUCCUGAUGACAGAGGAGUCCAGAACCAAGGAUUGCGAUGGUCACAGUCUAAGAAUAUGGGGUAGGCCAUUUCAGACUGAAAUGAGAGAGAGUGGGGGAGCCUGUGGGAUUCUCUGCCAUCAGGCUGGUUGCUGUCAACUAUUACAGACCCCUGGCUUAACCCAAAUCCUUCAAUGGCUCUUGUUUAGUUCUUUUGUCCACAAUUGGAUAGUUCAAGUCUCCAGUUCCCAGUCUUAAAAACACUUGCCAAUAUUUGGUCCAUCACCACUUUCUGUAUUAAGAUGUAAACAUGUUUUCACAAUUGCCAAACUGGCAUCAAUUUUGUUCCGAAACAUCUCUGUCAUUUCCAAUACGGGAGAAGUUUCCACGUCAUACAUCUUGUUUUCCAAAUAUUUUUUGGUUUCCGCAAAUUUUGUCAUUGCUGGAGAAGUGAAAACUUAAUGAAGGUCAGCAUGAAGAUGCAAAGGAUACGUACAACGAGAGUUAGAUUCAGAGUAAAGCUCCCUCUACCCUGUCCCCCAUCAAACACUCCCAGGACAGGGACAGCACAGGCUUAGAUACAGAGUAAAGCUCCUCUACACUGUCCCCAUCAAACACUCCCAGGACAGGGACAGCAUGGGGCUAGAUACAGAGUAAAUCUCCUUCUACACUGUCCCCCAUCAAACACUCCCAGGAUAGGGACAGCAUGGGGUUAGAUACAGAGUAAAGCUCCCUCUACACUGUCCCCCAUCAAACACUCCCAGGAUAGGGACAGCAUGGGGUUAGAUACAGAGUAAAUCUCCUUCUACACUGUCCCCCAUCAAACACUCACAGGACACGGAUGGCACAGGGUUAGAUACAGAGUAAAGCUCCUCUACACUGUCCCUCAUCAAACACUCACAGGACACGGACGGCACAGGGUUAGAUACAGAGUAAAGCUCCUCUACACUGUCCCCCAUCAAACACUCACAGGACACGGACGGCACAGGGUUAGAUACAGAGUAAAGCUCCUCUACACUGUCCCUCAUCAAACACUCCCAGGACACGGACGGCACAGGGUUAGAUACAGAGUAAAGCUCCUCUACACUGUCCCACAUCAAACACUCACAGGACACGGACGGCACAGAGUUAGAUACAGAGUAAAUCAGUCUGUACACUGUCUCCAUCAAACACUGUCAGGACAGGUUGAAUCAGAGAAUCCCUACAGUGUGGAAGCAGACCAUUCAGCUCACCAAGUGCACAACCCUCUGAAGAGCAUCCCACACUGACCCAGCCCUCUACCCUCACAUUUCCCCACGGCUCGCCUACCUAACCUACAUAGCCCUGGACACUCUGGGCAAUUAACGUGGCCAAUGCAUCCUAACCUGCCCAUCGUUGUGACUGUGGGAGAAACUCCACACAGACAAUUGUCCAAGGAUAGAAUCAAACCCAGGACCCCGACACUGUCAGGGAACAGUGCUAACCACUGAGCCACCGUGCAGGUAUAGCACAGAGUUAAAUACAGAGUAAAGCUCCCUUUCAAAUAUCCUAUGAGGCAUAUGCAGUUAAAGCAUAGCACAAGCUGUACACAAAGUAAAUUUUCAUCUACAUCUUCUGAUCAGCCCUCUCUUGGCAAGUAAAGCAUAUGUUAGAUACGGAGAAAAUCCUCUUCCAAACACAUAAAAGGGAAAAGUGUAUCUAAAGUAAACAUUUGUCUCUUAGAACAUGAGACUGUGGAAUUAACAAUAGGAAAAGAGGAAAUGACAGGGGCUGUAAACAAAUAUCUUCUAAUUUGUUUGCCUGUUGGAAAACGCAAUAAGCAUUUGAAUAAACACUUGAAGCUGAAGCAACAGGAACAGUUGGAAGUCAGGUGACAUUGAAGCACUUCAAACAAAGAUUAUCACUAGAGAGAGUCUUUCUCAGCCUCCCCGAGGAAACCAGUUACGCUAGCAGUGUAACUAGACCAAAUUUUGACAUCUCAGGGUCUUGAGAGAAGUGGUCUCAGAAAUGGUGGAUGCGUUGACUGCAAUCUUCCAAAAUUCCUUAGAUUCAGGGAAAUUCCCAUUGGAUUGGCAAACCACUGAUAUGUGGGAGACAGAAAGUACAAAACCAUAGGCCGAUUAACCGAACUCCUUCUGUUAGCAAAGCCCAGAAAUGCAUUAUUAGAUAAGUAGCAACAGGGCAUCUGGAAAUUCAUAAUAUAAUCAGGCAGAGUCAACAUGGUUUAGUGAAUGAAGAAUCAUUUCUUAAGCGUUCUUGAGGAUGUAAUGGGUGAACAUAGAGCAGUACAGCACAAGAAAGGGCCCUUCGGCCCACAAUGUUGUGCCGAACAUUACACCAAAUUAAACUAAUCCCUUCUGCCUGCCCUUGGUCCAUAUCCCUCCAUUGCUUGCAUAUUCAUGUGCUUAUCUAUAAGUCCCUUAAUGCCCCUGUCGUAUCUUCCCCCACCAACACCCCUGGUAGCACAUUCCAGACUCCUACCAUCUCUGUACAAAAAAAAACUUGCCCUUCACAUCCCCUUCGAACUUCCCCCCUCUCGCUUUAAAUGCAUGCCCCGAGUUUUAGGCAUUUCAACUCUGGGGAAAAAAUUCUGACCGUCAACCCCUUCUAUGCAUCUCAUCAUUUUAUGGACUUCUAUCGAGUCUCCCCUCAGCCUCUUCUGCUCAAGAGAAAAUAGCCUGAGUUUUUCUAGCCUCUUCUUAUGGCUGAUAUAUUCCAAUCCAGGCUGCAUCCUGGUAAAUCCCUUCUGCACCCUCUCCAACAACUCCGCAUCCUUCCUGUAACGUGGCAAUCAGAAUUGAACACAAUACUCUAAGUGUGGCCUUACUAAGAUCUUAUAAAGGGUGGGAUAGACAAUGGGGAAGCAGCCCAUGCCAAGCAUUUGAGCUGCCAAAAGGGCAUUUGAUAAGGUGCCACCUUAAAAAAAGGGCAAUUGCUUUAAAACAAGAGCUUGUUGCAGUGAAGAGGGCAGGAGGAUGGGACUAGCAUCAAUGAAGGAUUAGUAAUUAACAGAAAAGGGGUUGUGGGGAAAUGAUCAUUCUUGUUUCAACAAACAGUUACGAAAGGAGUGCUGCAGAGGACAUUGCUGGGUCCUCUAGUGUCCACAGUCUAUAUUAAUACCUUGUCCGAGGGGGACUAUCUAUGCUGUAGCCAACAUUGUUGACAAUGCAAAGAGAGUCACUGGGAGAAAAGCACAUUUGAGAACGACACAGAAUGCCUGGAAAGGGACAUAGACAGGUUGAGUGAGUGGACCAACAUGUGUCAGAUGGAGCAUAGUGUGGAAAAAGUUGAGGUUAUCCAAAAGGACAGGAAGGGUGGAAAAAAGCAGAAUAGCAUUGAGUUGGACAGACUCUGCAGUAGGCUGUGGUGCAGAGGAAUCUGGGUGAUUUUGUCAUAUACCACAAAAACUUAGCAUGCAGUUCCAGCAAAUACUUGGAUUGCUGUUCCUUAUUGAAAGGUGAAUAUAGGAAAUUGUGCUUCAACUGUACAGGGCUUUGCUGAGAGCAUUAUGUGUGGUUUUGGUCUUCUUAUGUAAGGAAGGAUCUUAUCCAUUGGAAGCAGUUUGGAGAAGAUUCUCUGGUCCCUGGGAAUGAAAGGGUUUUCUGAUGAGGAAGGUUGCAUGGGUUCAGCCCAUAUCUAUUUGAAUAUAGAAGAGAAAGAGGUGGUCUUGUUGAAAUAUCUAAGAUGUUUAGGGGACUCGAUAGAGUAGGUGCUGAGAGGAGAUCUCCCCUAAAGGAGGAAUCUCAGGCUAAUGGCCACCCAAUGAAGACCAAUGAGAAACAAUGUCUUCUUUCAGAGGACUGUUUAAUAUUUAAAUUCUCGUCCACGGAGAGUUGAGAAGUUUGAGCCCCAGUUCAAGGUUAUGGCAGACUGAUUUAUGACCUACAGAGGAGUCAAAGGUUA